AACGCAACAAGAAAAACAACAGGAGAGCGACACGUCGGCUGUAAAAAACCUAUGCUUCCCUCAUAUUAACUUUAAUCAAAGUAGAUGUUAGACCACGACAUUAGUGUUUAGCUGACUGUCCCUAUAUUUAUAUUAAAAAUGAGGAGAGGCGGAGGUGCCGUUUUGGCUACAGAGCGAUAUGGCAGUGCACAGUCCUGGAAGUAUUUAGAAAAGGAUGGAAUGAUAGAGAGAACGAGAGAUGGACGCGAAGGUGAAACAAGAAGCAACUCUGUUGUUGGAGUUUUUAAAAGUGUCUUUCUGCCUCAAGGCUAUCCAGACAGUGUCAGUGAUGACUAUCUGCAGUACCAGUUUUGGGAUACUUUGCAGGCGUUCUCCAGCUCUCUCUCGGGAACUUUGGCCACUCAAGCCUCUCUCAAAGGUGUUGGUGUUGGAAACCAAGAAGCAACUGUGGCUGCAGCCACAGCUACCUGGUUAUUAAGAGAUGGGACUGGCAUGUUGGGAAGAAUCCUGUUUGCUUGGCAGAAAGGGACUAAACUGGACUCUGAGGCCAAAAAAUGGAGACUUUUUGCUGAUGUUCUUAAUGACAUUGCCAUGUUCAUGGAAAUCUUGGCCCCUUACUUUCCCACUUGCUUCACUUUGAUUGUGUGCACUGCAGGGAUAUUCAAGUCAAUUGUUGGAGUGGCAGGUGGUGCGACCAGAGCUGCUCUGACUGUCCAUCAGGCUCGCAGGGACAACAUGGCUGACAUUUCUGCUAAAGAUGGCAGUCAGGAGACUUUAGUAAACUUGGCUGGACUGCUGGUCAGUUUGAUAUUGAUUCCUCUCGUCACUGAUAAUGCAGUAUUGACUCUCAGCCUCUUCUUCCUCUUCACCAUCCUUCACCUCUUUGCCAAUUACAAGGCUGUGCGAUCAGUUGUCAUGGAAACUUUCAACGAGGCACGACUUUCGAUUGUUUUGCAGCAGUACCUGAAGGACAAAAGAAUCCUUAGUCCAAUAGAGGCCAAUCAGAAGGAGCCAGUUUUUUUGGAAUUUGGAAAAACAGCCCCAAUCAAACUAGGAGUGAGGUUACAGGACGUUGUACAGAGCCAGGAAGAACUGAAUUUGGCUUUGAAGGAAAACAACAUGCCAUACCUCUUAGGAAUCAGAAAUGGCUGCGUGUGUGUUUGUUUGGGACCAGAAGCAUCAGUGCGUAAUGAAAUCAGAGCAGUGUGUCAAGCUGUGUGGCUUAGUAACAUGUUGAGUCAUCCAACGUCCAGAGAGCCUAUCUGUGCACCAAUGCAGCAAACAAAAGGUCUCUGGAAAAUGGUGCAUGAGAGUUUCAAGCUGAUGGAUGCAAAUUUCGAUCCAUUUCUUAAAGGUGUUGAAGCUGCAGGAUGGGACAUAAAACGAACUCUGCUGGACUGGGAUGAGUGGAGAGUGGAGUGGAAAACAAAAAGUAGCUAAGCUGCUUUACGUAGUUGUUUUAUACCAUGAUUUACUGUUCAUUAAACAAUCAUAUUUAA